AUGCUGACAAGAUCACAAUUAGCUGACUUUUUACGGGUCAGCGGUUAUGCUGUUGACAGCGAAGAAGUUGAUCGGAUUAUUAACAGUAUCGAUACAAACGGCAUUGAAGGAUUUACAGUGCAAGACAUCUUGUCUUAUGUGAGCAGUCAUGAAACAAAACCACCACCAGAAGUUUUCAAAAUUGAAGAAAUGUUCCAGACUUUUGAUUUGGAUGGUGAUGGAGCUAUAACAUUAGACGAACUGAUCAGGAUAUCCCAGAUUGUUACUGGCGGUACAAGGGAGAUCGCCGAAGCGAUAUUUAAGAUGGCAGAUAUUGAUGGAGAUGGAAAAAUUACGAUUGAUGAAUUUUUAGGUCUAAUAAAAGGAACUUUAUAA